AUGACACCAAAAUUCCUGCAAAUGCUAGAACUUGUACUAAAUGAAACCUUUUCAAUCCCUUUUUGGCAAUCUUUUGCUUUCAAAUAUCUACUGCUCUUAGCCAUCUUCAUCUUUCUCUUACGCAGAUGGUCCUCUUAUUCAAACUCAUCUGUGCCCCCUUCUCCCCCAAAGCUACCCAUCUUCGGAAACCUUCACCAAAUAGGCUCACUCCCUCAUCGCUCACUCCAAAGCCUAUCUCAGCGUUAUGGGCCUUUCAUGCUUCUCCAUUUCGGAAGCAGACCAGUCCUUGUCAUCUCAUCGGCUGAGGCUGCCUCCCAAAUCUUCAAAACCCAUGACCUUAUAUUCUCCGACAGACCAAAGUUAAUUUUCUUUGAGAGGAUUACCUACAACUACCGCGACCUGGUAUCGGCACCUUACGGCGAGUAUUGGAGGCAGCUCCGAAGUAUAUCUGUGUUAAACCUUUUGAGCGUCAAAAGGGUUCGUUCUUUCUGUGCUGUGCGAGAAGAGGAAACAAGAUUGAUGAUAAGCAACAUACUACAGUCUUGUAGUACUAUAUCAUCAUCCUCCACCUCAUCCUCGACAGUUUUGAAUAUAAGCGACAUCUUUAUGAAGCUUAGUAAUGACAUCAUAUGCAGAGUUGCCAUGGGAAAGAGGUACGGCGAUCUCUGUGCAGAUGGAGGGAAGACCUCGUUCAUGCAAAUUGCUGUAGAAUUGACAGAUUUUUUCACGCGUGUUAACAUUGGUGACUAUAUUCCAUGGCUCUCUUGGGUUACUCGCCUGACUGGGUUAGAUGCUGAAUUAGAUGACUUGGUUAAACGAGCAGACGCAUUUCUUGAAAUUGUUCUUCAAGAGCAUAUUGAUAAAUCCGAUAUCAAUGGUAUGAAGAAAAAUGAAGACGAGAAGGACUUUGUAGACAUUUUGCUUUCGGUUCAAAAAGAAAACACACGUGGUGUUUCUCUUGAUCGAGUUGGCAUAAAGAGUACUAUUCUGGAUAUGUUUGUCGGCGGCAGUGAUACCACUUUUACAACUUUAGAGUGGGUUAUGUCUGAGCUAAUGAAGAAUCCAAAGGCGAUGAAAAGAUUGCAAAAUGAGGUGAGGGAAAUUAUUGGAAAUAAAGAAGAUAUAUCAGAGGAUGAUUUGGUUGGAAUGCACUACAUGAAGGCUGUGAUCAAAGAGUCUUUUCGUUUACAUCCACCAUUUCCAUUACUUAUUCCCAGGUCGUCCAACAAAAAAGUGAAAAUUUAUGGUUACAACAUUGAGGCUAACACACAAGUUAUGGUAAAUGCAUGGGCGAUUGGAAGAGAUCCAAAGUUAUAUACAAAUCCUGAACAAUUUGAGCCGGAAAGGUUCUUAAACAGUCCCAUAGAUUUUAAAGGAAAUGACUUUGAAUUAAUUCCAUUUGGUUCUGGUCGGCGAGGAUGUCCAGGAAUGAAUUUUGCAAUGAUUGUGGUAGAGAUUGUUCUAGCAAAUCUUGUUCAGAAAUUCGACUGGCUAUUGCCCGAUGGCGCAAGAGUGGAGAAUUUAGACAUGACCGAAACUAGUGGCUUGACUGCACAUAGAAAAUAUCCUCUCAAAGCGAUUGCAAAACCAUAUCUCCCAAAUUUGGAGGAGUUACCCCACCCUCUCUAGAACUUUCCCUUGUCUUAAAAAAAUCAUCUUUUUCUCACAAUAAAAAAAGUCACCUUCUAUUUAAAUAAAAGUAAUUAUUCACAUGAGAUACGUUUGAUGUUUAUGAAACUGCAUGCUU